UACAUACGUAAUUGGAAUUCAUCUACGCUAAUCAAUCUUCGCGCUGAGGGCAGUAGCCAGGCAUAGCGAAGAUUCAUUUGGCUAUAAGAGUUCCGCGAAUUGCACUGUGAUGGUUAGAAUCCUUGGAAUCGUCUGCCUGGUUAUCGCGGUUGCGAAGACCUCAAUUGAAGAUCAGACUAUAUCAUCUACCCAUUGUGAUCGUGGCAAAAUUUAUUGCGAAUGCGGGGAGCCACCGUUAAAGAGAUCAUAUCUAAAGUGUCAGUAUGAACUCGUAACGAAGAUUGCCAGGGGCAGAAUUGUUACGGAUAAACAGAAGCACCCGUGGCAGGCGGCGUUAUAUAGUAAAUUAAAUCAAUUUUUAUGUGGAGGUAGUAUAAUUACGAAAAGACACAUACUCACUGCUGGACAUUGUGUAAAAAGCUUCGAUACCAGAGGAUGGACUGUAGUUGUUGGGUUGCUAAAUCAGAUCUUCAGAGAUGGCGAGACGUAUCCCUUGCUGGGCUUGAAAAUUCAUCCCGCUUUCAUGUCUAAGAAUUUCCCUGUGAACGACGUUGCGGUCGCAAUUACUAAAAGGCCUAUCAAAUUCCAUAUGAAUGUAUGGCCUAUUUGCUUGAUUAGAACCGAAGUCGAUCUCAGUGGAUAUCGUGCACUUGUUGCUGGCUGGGGUGUAACGGAAUACCAGGGAGUUCGUCCAGCAUCGUUGUUGGAUGGUCAAGUACGGAUCCUUUCAGAAGAAGAGUGUCAAGCAGCAAAGUAUAUUGGACGUGUCUACAACAGUGAUCAGAUGAUAUGUGCGUCAUCUGAAAAAACUGAUGCAUGCCAGGGUGAUAGUGGUGGACCGUUGAUAGUUUACGGAUCGUCCGGCAAUGCGAUUCAAGUCGGUAUUGUUUCUUUUGGCUUCGGAUGUCAAACAAAGGACUCUGCUGGUGUAUAUACACGCCUUUCAAAAUACUUAGAUUGGAUAGAUGAAGUCACCGGCAGAACUGAAAGCUGCAUUCUACCCCGCGACUAUAAAAAUGAGUUGGUGUAAGAAGAGACAAAUUCAGUUCAACGAAGUUCAUCAUGUUUUAUUCCUCUUUGCGUGUAA